UCAUCAUCUUGCCUUCACCCAACCUUCGCUGCUCACGUCCACCCAGUGUCAGCUUUGGUAUCUCCCAGCUUGCGCAUUCCACCGCCCCGUCGUCUACGAUAUUGAUACCGAACAUUCUCCCUUGUCGCAUCCACAGAAACACAUUUCACCAACAUGUCGGUGCAGCCAUCGGCCUCUCAGAACUACGAUUAUCUGCGCCGGAAACAGUCCACCAGGGCACCUGCUGCCCAGAGGUCGAGCACGCCCGUCCACAGACCCGUUCGCAGCCCGAGCGAGCGAAACAGCAAUGGCACCGUGAGCUCAUACGGCACCAAUGCGACCCGCGACACAACCCUCACCGAGCCGCCGGCGUACUCAAAGAAGCUGGUGGUUGUGGGCGACGGUGGGUGCGGCAAGACGUGUCUGUUGAUCAGCUACAGCUCAGGAAACUUCCCCGAGAAAUAUGUCCCAACCGUUUUCGAGAACUACAUCACCCACACUCCUCAUCCCCCAACCGGCAAGAUGGUCGAGCUUGCCUUGUGGGACACGGCCGGACAAGAAGAAUAUGACCGGUUACGUCCGCUGUCUUACCCCGAAACCGACGUGCUCUUCGUCUGCUUCGCCAUCGAUUGCCCUAACUCUCUUGAGAACGUCAUGGACAAGGUGUGUUCUGGAACUAACUUAAGCCGCCGUUCGCAUACUAACAGCCCGCAGUGGUACCCCGAGGUCUUGCACUUCUGCCCCACCACUCCCAUGAUGCUCGUUGGCCUCAAAUCGGACCUCCGCAACAAGCGGAACUGCAUCGAGCUCCUCAAGACACAAGGUCUGACUCCUGUCACGCCUGAGCAGGGCCGUGCCGUUGCCGAGAAGAUGGGUGCCGUCUACAUGGAGUGCAGUAGCAAAGAACAGGACGGCGUAGAGGAGAUCUUCGACAUGGCCGUCACCAUGGCGGUUGGCGACGAGUACAAGGAGUCCCUGCAGCCUGCGAUGGCCGGCGCGCCGCGUCCAUUUGCAGGCAGUAAGAAGCCCAAGAAGAGUCGCUGCAAGAUCCUCUAAGCAUCAUUCUCCGUUCUUUUUAGAGCCAAAGGCGCAAAGCCGACCUUCCAAACGGACUUCAGCACGAUUACCACCAAUCACGACGCUGGACGACACGAUCGAGAUGCUUAAUGACCAUAUCAUGGAUGCUUUUGUCUUUCUGCGAGACGAAACUCGGUUUGCGUAACACAGCCAGCCGCUUCGGGACGGCUACUACUACAUCUUUUGGACGACAUUCCACACAUUUCGGCGUUUGGAUCGACCGUUCUGGACGUUGGAGCUCAGCUCUUCCUCGUCCCUCACCUCACACAGCCUCUUCCUUUGCUCUUUUCUUCUGUUUGUAUUCGGUAUUGUGGUAUCUGUGCGGGAACAACCCCUUCCUUGCUGUAGUGGAAUAUAUCUUGAACCAGCUGUCAGCUGCGUGUUCGGUCCAUAC